CUUGGUGCUGCUGCUGCUGUUGUUGUUGCUGCAAUAGCUGUUGCAGCAUUUGCUGCAUAGAUGCAGCUUCCUCAGAUUCUGUAAUAUAAAAGAAAUAUACAAUAUGAUAUAAAAGAAAACAUUAUGAUAAUUUAAGAAAGAGAAUAAUAAAUUGAUUUAUUACUCACGGGACAAACUGUGCGCCAUGGCGGUUGCUUGCGAAAUGUGCGAAACGGCAGAGCUAUGUAAACAAUUGAAAAUCUCGAAUGCACGUGUUGCGCCGCGCGCCGGGCGCCGCUCGCCGGGCCCACGCGGCUGAUUCUUCAUUGUGUGAGUGCGAGCCGCGUUUGUCGUUUGACUGUGUGCGGAGAGCACGAUAUCACGAUUUAUUUAUUACUUGAUUUCACGGUGUUAAUGUAUUAUUUUUAUGCGAUUGAGUGUUAACGUUUUGAACGUAAGUGCAUUUUACAAACAACGUUACAUUGAGAAAGCUGAAAGUUUCGAUUGUGAAUCAGUAAGAAACUUUUAUAUAUUUUUCUCUUAUUUAUUCUCCUUCUUUUCAUUUUUUCUUUUCUUUGAUUCUUCGUUUGAUUUCUUUCUUGUUGUCAAUAAAAAUGGGCGAGCCAUUAGAGAAGAAAAAUAAGCGAAGCUUUCAAGAAGCUUGGUUUAGCGAUACUCAAUAUAAAUUUUGGAUACGCAAAGUACCAUUGAAUGACGAGCUUUAUCAUUGCACUGUAUGUAAGAAAAAUUUGUCUUGUAAUGCACGUAUUUCAAGACAUGCAAAUUCUACGCCUCACAAAGAAAAUCUGCAAAAAGCUACAUUUUCUUUAACAAAAAAUGACGAUAUAAAUGAAACUAUUUCUCAGACAAAACAAAAAUUUCGACAAGAAUGGUUAGAUAUUGAAUUGUUUAAACCAUGGUUACGUGAAGCAUCACAUGAUAAAACAUUAUUUUUUUGCGAAUUUUGUGAAAAAUACAUGGAUGCUAGGUUGUCACACAUUUAUCGUCAUGCAGAUUCCGCAGUGCACUUAAAAAUUGCUGCAGAUAGAAAUAAAGAAAGAAAGGAAACAGACGAAGAUAUUAAUAUUACGGACGAAUCGCUUUUGCCGAAAAAAAUAUUUCUCAUCAAACGGCAAAAGAUAUUCUCUCAUUUUUCCAAGAGAUAGGAAAAAAUUCUAAAGAUUAGAAGCCAUGAGCAUGAGUCGGACUAAGUGUAACAAAAUUAUUUCAAACGUACUAUGUCCAGUUGAAACCGAUCGUGUUGUUGACAUUCUGCAAAAUAAUAAACUUACGAUUUUUAUUGAUGAAACGUCUGAUAUUACAAAUCAAAAAUGGAUGACGUUUCAUAGUCGGUAUGUUGAUCCUGAAACAUUAGAUGUUCGCUCGCAAUUAAUUAAAUUGAUGCAAGAAAUUGCAACGCAGAAAAGUUAUUUGAGGCGUUUAGAAAUGUUAUGUAUAAAUUACAAAUUCCAUUUUUAAACAUUGUUGCCUUAUCAUGUGAUAAUGCAUCCGUAAUGACAGGCAAAAAUUCAUCUUUUAAAACAAAGCUUGGGAACAUUUGUAAAAAUGUUUUUACAUUGUCUUGCCCAUGUCAUUCCGCCGCGUUAGUUGCACAUGCUGCAUGCAAUAAGAUUCCAGACUAUUGCGAGGAAUUUAUUAAAAAAAUAGCAACUUUUAUUAACAAUAGUCCCAAGCGAUCUGCUAUUUUUCAAGAAUUUUGUGAAUGUUUUCAGGAAACAAACGCAAAAUUCUAAAAUUAUCCGAUACACGAUGGCUUUCUCGGCAUUUGUGUAUUGACAGACUUUUGGAAUAUUGAGAUACUAUUGAGCUGUUUUUACAAGAAACUGUUAUAAAUGAAAAGAUAAAGACUGGCGAAUAUUUAUUAAAUAUUGUUGCGCCGGAACGUCGAAAGACACUCCCGCACUCACACACACACUCGCGUCAAGAAAAUCAAAACGUCUAUGGAACUCAAAAAGCUUUAUUGCAACAGAGAAAGCGCGUGACACGUCCUCCUCGGCAGGAGUCCGACGUUAAACUGUCUACAAUAUUUGUUUACAAAAUAUUUCCCGGCAACCAGCCGUUUAAUUCAUUUAUUUAAAUAACAAAUUCUUCCGGCAACCGGCCGAUCGAAAAUAUCGAUCGGUCCGUCAGCUGACUGGCGCUUCAGGGAUGUAUCGGGCGACACGCGGCACGCAACAAUAUUAUGCAAAAACUUGAUGUAAAAGCAUAUUUAUUAUUUCUAAAACAUAUUUUACAUUUUUUUAAUAUGUUUAAUGCAUUUUUUCAAGCAGUAGAAACGAGAAUACAUCUAUUGCAACCGAAAUCACUUCAGUUCCUAAUCAUGAUUUGUAAACCUUUUAUGAAAACAGAGUUUUUUAAAUCUGUAAAUAUUAAUUUCGAAUUUUCUAAAACAGAUUAUCACAAAUCAUUAAAUGAAAUAUAUUUAGGAACUGAAUGUGAAAAAUAUCUUAAUGAAUUAAUUAGAAAAGGACACGUAGAUGUAGUUGCAAAUGUUCGACAAAACUGUUUGCAAUUUUACAUUACUGCUGCUCAAGACAUUUCAAAGAAAUUACCAAUAAACGACUCAUUUUUGUAAAAAUUGAAAGUUUUUGAAGUAGAGACAACAUUACGUGAUCGUAAUAGAGAAACUUCAUUUAAUGAUGUUUCUUUUGUUGCUCAAACUUUUAUCGGGUUUGACGACAAUGCAUUAAAAAAAGAAUGGUUUGCUUUACAAGAUUUUACAGAAGCAGAAAAAGAUAAUUUGACAAUGUUAAAUUUUGAUGAAAUGUGGAAAAAAAUUUUCCAACGCCGUAACCAAUUUCCAAAUUUAAAGUCUCUUGUCAAUACUGUUAGAUCACUGCCUAAUUCGAAUGCCGACUCAGAGAGAAUCUUUUCCUUUCUACCUGAUUUAAAAACAAAAAAACGAAAUAAA